GCGAGCAUCAAAAGGGGCAACAGCCCCACAGCAACACACAUAACAACCCAAAGUCAUGGAAGUCGGCGAUUUUCAUCAUAUACGCACCGUUGACGCCAAAUCGGCGCCACCCAGCAGCACCGUUUUCGACGAACGUCUAGACCGCAUCGAGCAACAAAUCAACGCGCUGUUCAAAAACCGUUACCGCAAGAACAGUUCAUCCACACUAACGGAUCGCAAUAGCGUCCCGACUUCAGGCUUGUGUUGGUACCACAGCAAAUUUGGCAACGCCGCCAGGAAAUGUCGCCAACCGUGCUCGUUUUCAUCCGAACCAAAAAACUAAAACAGUCUUCGGAUUCGGCGGACAAAUUCGAAAAAGACCACAACACAAUUGCCCGCCUCGCAAUCAACGACAAUUACUCCAAAACUCAAUUUCUCAUCGACACCGGCGCCGACAUUUCAGUGAUGCCACCCUGCAGAAUCGCAAAAACUAUGCUCACUCCAAAGCUUCUUUUCGCCGCCAAUGGUACGAAGAUACAAACCUAUGGAGAAAAACGCAUAACAUUGUCGCUGGGAUUGGGACGAAACUUCGUUUGGACCUUCGUAUUAGCUGACGUCAACUGCGCUAUCAUUGGAGCCGAUUUCCUUCAACAUUCCCCGUCCGAUUUCCUCGUCGAUAUGAAACGACGCAAACUCAUCGAUCGAGCUACGCUGCACGAAUCAACAUGUCACGCGUCUCAACGUAAAAUCAACGCGAUUUUAUCCUACGACACGAGCAACCAAUACGCUAGGUAUGCUUCCAGCAGAGCCCGAAGUAACGCACAUCAUCUCGACUAA